AUGAUGAUAUCGCGAGAUGGCAGUCCGGUUCUUCCUUCAACACCGGGAGAGUGUGUCCCUGCCGAUCCGCCUAUGACACUUCCAAUUACCUACUACUGGGAGCAUCAAUAUCAAUAUCGGGAUGGACAAGCUCUCUACCAGACUCAUCUCAAAACUCUCAAAGACUGUCACAACAAUUGUGUCCAAAAUCUCACUUGUGGCACUUACUAUUGGUCAGCCACGAAUACAUCAUGUGUUUGGUAUAAAACAACUGAAAUUUACAAGAACCAAAUGCAAUCUCAUUCGUCUUCUGAAGUCAUCUUUUCCCGACGCUACUAUCCGCUAACAACAAGUCGAUUCAAUUACGUUACGAGGAAUCCCUACACGUAUAUCUAUCAAAAUCUAGCAGGCACUGGACAAUCCCAAUGGCAGUACAGCUACAACCAG